AUGCUACUCCGGCUGCUAGGGAAGCAUGCGCUGCUGUCCCUCCCCACCUCAAUUUCCCGUUUUACUGUUGACAAUGUCGUUGGAAGAAGAGCCUUUGGCAUCAGGUCCAUGUACCCUCCAAAGGCAGACCAUUUCAAUAUUGGCCCAAAUCUCCCCAUUCUCACGUCCCAUCCAUCUGUAGCCCAUGAGCGUAAAGCUGCUACUACCCCUCUACGAACUGGCACCCUGGCUAUAAAAAAGGGGAUGACCGCUAUCUUCGAUCUGGAGACUGGCAAACGAAUCCCCUGUACAAUCCUCCAACUUGACCGAGUACAAGUCAUCUCUCACAAAACCCUCAAGAAAAAUGGAUAUUACGCUGUCCAGAUUGGUUGUGGUUGGAAACAUGAGCGCGCAGUCACACGGCCCAUGCUGGGCCAUUUCGCGGCGAAUGGUGUUGCACCCAAGCGACAUAUCCAUGAGUUCCGGGUGAAGGACGAAAACGGCCUGCUACCCAUCGGUGAGAUGAUUAAUGCAAAUUGGUUCCAGGAAGGUCAAUACGUCGACGCACGAUCAAAUAGUCGAGGAAUGGGAUUCGCAGGUGUCAUGAAGAGACAUGGGUUUCACGGCCAAGAUCGGAGUCACGGUGUUAGUUUAACCCAUCGUUCGAUGGGUUCGUCGGGUCCCGGUCAGGGUGGCGGUUCUCGUGUGUAUCCGGGAAAGAAGAUGGCUGGCAAUAUGGGCAACAAGCAGGUGACGUUGCAAAACCUGAAAGUGUUGAAGGUUGAUGCGGAGAAAGGCAUCGUGGUGGUUAAUGGUUAG